AUGUCAGUAAAGCCCUUUGGAAAACAGUUUAGAGCCGAUUUCCCUUUAGAGGAUAAAUAUAUCCCCAUCUCUCAUGGUGCUCAUGGCUCAUAUCCUGCAGCUGUUCAAGCCUACGUGGAUGAAUAUAACAGACGCGCUGAAAAGCAUCCUGAUCGCUGGCAUCGAUUUGAUUUCAGGCCUUUGCUGCAAGAAAAUCUUGAGCGUGCCGCAGCACUCAUCAAGUGCGAUCCCAGAGAUAUUGUCUUUGUUGCAAACUCAUCUACAGGAGUAAACAAUAUCCUUCGAAGCUUCCCUUUUGAAGAAGGCGAUAAAAUUCUUUGCUAUCAAACCACGUACAUUAACUGUGAUAAGACGCUGGAAUUCUUAACGCACUACAAAAAGGUAGAACUCGUACGCGUUGAACUCAACUAUCCCUUGGAGGACGAUGAAGUUAUUCGUUUGACAAAAGAAGCUAUUGAGAGAGAGCAUGCUAAAGAUAGCUCCAAAAAGAUUCGUCUUGGCUUUUUUGAUGCUAUCAGCUCACUUCCCGGUGUUUGUAUGCCCUAUCAAGCCCUGACCAAACUCUUUCGAGAAUAUGAUAUUCUAUCCUUCGUCGAUGGUGCUCACGCAAUAGGACACAUUGAACUCAACUUGGCCGAGUUGGAUCCUGACUUUUUUGUCAGCAACUGCCAUAAAUGGCUAUUCACACCUCGUGGCUGUGCAGUUCUCUAUGUCUCUAAACGUUAUCAAGGAUGGAUCCAUCCCCCGACGAUUAAUUAUGCCUAUCAGCAUCAUGAUGAUCCAACGGAUGGGUCAUCAUUCAAUGAAGAACACGUUCCCGGUGUCACUAACAUAACCUCCUACCUCUGCAUUGGCCCAGCCCUUGAUUAUCGUGAGUCGAUCGGAGGAGAGGAGGCCAUUCGUAAAUAUACUCAUGAGCUGGCUGUCCAAGGCGGUGAACUUGUUGCCAACAUGCUGGGUACUCAAGUAAUGGAAAACUCAACCAAGACACUGACAGCUAGCAUGGUAAAUGUUGAAUUGCCCAUCAAGAAUACAACCAAGACAGAUCAAGAAAUCACCAGCUUCUUUAUGAAAAAAUCUAUUUAUGAAUACAACACGAUUAUAGUCGUCUAUAAGAAUAACAGCAAAUGGUGGGCCCGAUUGUGUGGUCAAAUCUAUAUUGAUUUGGAUGACUUCAAGGCUGCGGGUGAAAUCAUUCUGAAGAUAAUUAAGGAACUUGAACAAGCAUAA